AUGCACUCCUCCGCCAUGAUUCUGGGACUUGUAGUCUCAACGACGGCAUCUCCACUGUACGACACCAGCCGGUUCAGCAGACGCCAAGAUGAACCCUUCAAUGACAAAGCAAAGCUCUGCGGCCUCCGUGACCUCUCAAAUCCAGAUGGAGCCAGAGCUGCAUGGGAGGAAACCGGGGCCGCCUCUUUCCUCGACAACUUUAUCACCAAUGACAGAAAGGGUGAUCCGACAGAUUGGGUCAAGAUCCUCGAAAGGCUCAUCACUGGUGACCCUGGCACGAAUGCGGACGGUUGCUCCAGCGUCAAGAACGAGUGCAAUCCCGGCAUCGAGCAGGGCGAUUGCGCAACGUACUUUGACACCUUGACGGAGUAUCCUAACCAACGCCUUGGAUACUGGGUUUUCAUGGCGGUGAAUGGACUGCACCAAAAGCUCACGGCCCUCUACAACGAGCUCUUUGAGAAGACGAUGCUCAACACCCUGGCCAUUCCAACCAUGGUCGAGAAGCUCGGUGGCGAUCAGGGUUCUGGUGGAGAUGUGCUGAAGUGGUUGACUGCCGCGGCUGGAGCGGGUGGUGCCGUUGCAGGCAUGAGCCCCAAUGGAGCCAUCCUCGGAGGUGGUCUCAGUUUCCUGUCUGCCAUGUUUGGCGCUGCAGCUGAGGAGGAAAAGGACCUUGUUGACGACAUCGGAGCCGCCAUGGGAGCCGCUUUCGAGAAGACGAGUGCACGGAUUUCCAGGGCGCUGGGAGCCGCCGUGGGCAGGGCGACUGAUCCGGGAGAUUACAAUGCUCUUCCGGCGGGCCCCGGGUCGGAACCCUUUCAGAGCAGUAUCGCCAAGUUCUUCAGUGGCGGCUGGUGGCUGCUAGAGAACGACUCUGCCGAUGUCACUGGUGGUCUUCAGGCUACCGUCGACGCAGUCAAGAUGAAGGUUGUGGACCAGAUCCUGCAGUCGAGCGGCUACUACCUCUUGGUGGACCGCCACGACAACACCCUUGAGCUCUGUGGCACGCCGCUGGGCCGUCAGUGGAUGCCCGUCAGAGUUGGUGAGGCUGACCACUGCAUGUACGUUGCGAAGGUUGGAGAGGGCUUGGGCAGUUUCUAUGAAGCACCGGCUGAGGUCUACGAAGCCAUGGCUGAGUACGGACUGGGAAACCGCAUGGCAUACUACCGAAUUCUGCUCGAUUGCGCCCUGAACAGCGCUGGAGAUUCGUCUGUGCGGACCGACGCCCUGGUUCCUGGGCAGAUCCCGCUGUGUUACUUCAACAUGAAGGCAGUCUAUCUGGAUAGGCAGGGCUGUGAGACUGGUAGCGACGGCUUCUACACCUGCCAGAGCUUCACCACUGAGGAUGUCAAAUGA